AUAGUGUAUGGUUUAUUAUAAAUAUAAUACACAUGGUACACUUAUAUAUUUAUAAUAAUUCAUGUUUUACUUUAUUUUGUAGGCAAUUUCCUUUUAUAAAUUUAUUACCUACAAUGUACACUGUUAGUUGAAAAAAGUACCUUUUUUGGAAUUGCUUUGAAUUUUUUCACGCUCUCUUGUUUUGCACUCGAGCAUGUCUAGCUUAAUCUAUUUUCACUAAGUACUCAUACUAACAGCUUGGUGGUUGCAGUUACAGGCGAUGAAAUGGCCACAAUCACUACAUCGCGCUGUGUGGUGAAUAAUCAUUUGACCAACUUCAAUUAUCACCACUUGUCCAGUGUUAUAAAAUACCUAAAUAAUCAGCAGCAUCAACAACAAAAAACUUGGACAGCGAAUAAUGCACUGUCAAUAUCACAGAGAUAUUUCGAGAAAAUAGCACCAGCAGCAGUGGGUAUUCCUGGUAUAAUGAAUCAAAACUUCUAUGACAUGCAGGACUCCGGUUCAGAUGCAUCUGGACAUGACGGUUACGGAAGACACCGAAGACAUAAUAGGGAUAAAGAACCUAUAUUUCAAUGUCCUGAUUGUGAAAAACGAUAUCGCUCUAAAACAAGCUUGAGCUUACACAAACGCCUAGAAUGUGGUAAGGAACCUGCAUUCCAGUGUCCAUUUUGCCCACUAAAAACACACCAGAAAGGUAAUCUACAAGUGCAUAUAAAAAAGAAACACAAUGAACAUGGGGAACUUAACAGGACUUAUUGAUUAAACUAGAAUACGAUAAGACUUGUAUAAUUGAAACAUUUUGAGAGCUUAAUAGUGCCAAACCCUUUGAGUAAAAAAUUAUAUAUAAUUUUUUUUUUUAUUAAGUAACACUGGGAUAAAACGAAUGAAGUAUCUUAAUGAAAUUCAUACAAAUCAAACAAUAAACAUAACAUAUAAAAAAACUGAUAAGGCUGCUCAACAACAUUACAUGUGUUGUUUUAUUUAGUAAUUAUAAUUUUUAACGUUGAUUUAAUAUUACAUACUUAAAUUUAAUACGAGUAAAGUCUUAGAUUAUCUCUGUAUAUCCCUGUUUUUAGAUGCCUUACAUUGUUAGUGUACUACAAACUUAAUAUAUUGGCAUCUAUAAUCGACUGAUCAAAUAGAGCAACUAGUUUACUUCAAUGAAACUCAUUUUUAAGGAGCUAGUGGGUACAUUAAGAACACGCAACUUCUUGUGGCAAUCUUCUAGUUAUUUGAUAACUCAGUGUACCGAGCAUGAAUACUACAGGGUGAUAUUUCGUACAAUAAUGCUCGUGUACAUUUAAGAACUGAAUUUGAUUUGAUUUCCUUUUCCUAAAUAAUUAAUAAAUUGUUACAAGACAAAUUAUUUAACAAAAAAUUUAAUUUAUAUUGGAAAUGUAAAAUACUCUUAAAACUACAACAUUUUGACUGAUUAUAGAAAAUUUGUUAAAUUAUUCAUUGAAAAGUUCUAUAUAAGUUUCUAACAACAAUUAAAACACCAAAUUAAACCCAAGUACUGCAAAAAGAAAACAAAGGGAAAAUAUAAAUCAAAUUUUUUUUACAAAUACUAACAAUAAAAAAAAAAAAUUACAGUACAAAUUAUGUGUUCAUUUAAUAACCGUAUUCGGUGAUAACUAUUAAGGAUAAUGGAUGUAUAUUUUUCACCAAACGAUUUUAUGGACCAAACAAUGAUAUGUUUGCAUAUCCAUAGCUUUCAGAAAACAUUAAGAUCUUUUAUGUAACUUUAACCUAAUUAUUGAUGAGAUUGGUAUUCCAUUGCCGUCCAUUACUCUUUGUAACAUACUAUAGUUCACACCAAAGUUUCCAAAGUACAAAUUUUAUUAGGUUUAAGUUUUUUUUUAGUAGUCAUAAUAGUUGUUUUUAUUUAGCAAAUGUGUAUUUUUCAAAAUAUUGUACAAUACAUUUUAUUUUAUGUUAAAGUUACCUUCUUCGGUUCCAGCGUACAAAAUAAAUAUUAAAUAUGUGCCUUACAAGGUUUGGCUUUUCAACUUAAGAAUCAACUCUUUUUGUCGUCAUAUUUGUUUUUUAGUUUUAUUUUGUACGCUCUCGCGAGCUCAAAGCGUUUGGUACUAUUAUUAUUUAUCUCUUCUACGCAGAAGACCAUCCAAAGAAAAAAUAUUAUAUAUUUAAUAUAUUACCUAUAUAGAAAAUGUUUAAAAAUAAAUUUUAUUACUGCAAUAUUGCUCUCUUGACCUUAAGAUCUCUCUAAAGAUAUAAAUUUACAUAUAUAUUGUAUUAAAAUAAAUUUAAAACAUAAUACUAGCAAUAAGAAACUCACUGUCUGAUCAUAAUAUCUGUGGACUGUAUUUAUUGAACUCGCCUCUUAUUAUUGAGUUUUCCGUUAUUGAGUGCAAUUUUUUUCUUAUUUUUUUAUGUUGUAACAUUGUAAAAGAAGAAUAUUAUAUUAUGUUGUGUUCCUAGUAUUACUUUAUAUAAACACUUUUUUCUUUAAUUUGUUCCAUGGAACAAAUCAUUAUUAGUUAUUUUUAACCUACCUCGUUCAAUUGCUUUAAAACAACACAAGUGUACAAAUAAUAUUCUUUUUUUUUUUUAAUUUAUUUCUAUAACUAUUAUUAUUUAGCAUUAUUCUUUUAAUUACUUUUAAUUUGUAUCAUCACAUAUACACUAGAUCAUAAGCCAUCAAGACUAAAAAAAUACUCAAAGUACAAAUUUACUAUCGCAGGAAUUUUUGCAUAUUAUUAAAGAUUAAAUAAUAACUAUUUAAUCAGUAGAUUAUAUUCGUCUAGUAUUAUAAUCUACAAUAGUCUAGUAUUUAAAGAAGGGGGAAGCUGUUUUUGUGUAAUCAAUUCUUAUAAUUUGAAUAGACUUGCUUAAACACAUAUUUUACUUAUUAUUCUGAUGGUAAUAUUGUUCCUUAUACUUAAAACAUUACAAAUAUUCCUAUUAUUAAGGAAAUGGAGAAUAAAGACGGUGGUUUAGUAACAAUAUUUAUAAAGGUAGGUUAUGUGUUUACUCAAGGAAAUAAAUGCUACAUGGAAAAAUCAACUUUUUAGUUCAAUGUCGUGUUUGAGAAGCAAUAUAAUACGUUUGAAUUUAGCCGUAGCUGAGCAUGAGACUUAGACAAAAGGCAAUAACAUUACUUAUUCUUAUGUAAUUAUACCUACUUAAAAGUAUAUAAGCCAAAUUAAACACAACAGAUUUGUCUACAUUUUAGAGAGAUCGGUAUUAAUGUUUUUGGAGAGGAGGGGGCCACAAACUUGCAAUUGUUAACAGUAUAUAAAAUAAUAAUUGAUGUUAUAAUAAUGGAAAAGUACAAACAAAUUCUAAAUUACAAUUUUAGUACUACGGUUCAAUCACGUGUUUGUAUGUAAUAUUAUUUGUAAAAAUAUGUAAAUUUAAUUCUAUUAUUAUUAUUAUACUUAUUAUUAUGAUUGUUUUUUAACAAGUUUAACCCACCACCACCCUCACAGUACAUAAUAGGUCUACAUUAUUGAAUUGUUUUUUCCUACAUAGUUCCUAUUUUUUUAGACAAACUAUGCAUUUUAUCUUAAUUUUAAUCAAUCGUGUUCAUACUUGUGUAGAUGAAAAUAAUUGUUUUCAGACAAUUCAAAACGUGUAAACCAUUAUGUUCCUGACUUUUUGCAUUUAUAAUAAUAUAAUAUUUACAAUUUUACCACAUUCACGCAUUUUCCAAACUUUAUUUAUCUUCCUAAGUAUUGCAAAAUUAUUUAAUUUAUUUUACGCAUUAUGAUGUUAUAUUUACAAAAAAAAAAUAUGUUCUUUAUUAUAAGCAAAUUAUUUAUCUUAUUAUUAUUAUAUUGUUUGUGUAAGCACACACCACGCGGGCGCAACAGUAUUAUUGAAUUAUUUACUUUCUUCGUCGUACUAUUUAAGCCUUAUUUUGUUUUGCGAGUUUUAAUUUUUUAAUUUUCAUUAUUUGUAUACAUAAAUGAGAACAAAUAUUUAUUUAGAGAUUAUGUGUAUAUUAUGUUUUGUGCACUACAUUUAGAUGCUUAGUUUUUAUAAAUAUUUAAAUACCUAUAUAAGAGUAGAAAAUAAUGAUAUUAUUGUACUUUGUAACUGAAGAAAUUUUAAA